CGCGCUCCCGCCUGCAGGGGGAGGGCAGACCGGGCGCGGGGACCGGCCAGGCCGCGACGGGCACUGUUUCUCUUUCACUUUCCUUCCCUUCGGGGCCGACGCGCUGGCAGGAGAGGAGCGGCGGUGGCCGUGGGGAGCGGCGCCUCGAGGCACCUGCCGCGGCCGGUCCCGCCCGGAGCCGGGAAAGCUCCCUCCGGGUCGGGCGGGCCGGAGUCCGGGAGCUUCGAAGCGGCUCCCCGCUCUCGCGAGCAGAGAGGGCGGCCGGCUGCUGACUGAAGGCCGGGGAAGAGCAGGCGCGUCCUCCGUAGCGCAACUCCGGCCCGGCGCGAGUGGCGCGUCAGGCAGGCCCGGGCCCGCGCACCUGCCGGGCGGGCGGGGCGGACACCGGCUUGGACCGCGCGCCGCUGCGCCUACGGAUCCUGCCGGAGGAAGACUAGUUCCCUACCGCCGCCGUCACUGCAAAUAUGGAAAAGCAAAACCAUCAGAAGGAGUGAUGAUCAGCGAUCUCAUGGUAAAUCUGGAUGUUGCUCCUAUGCCUCAAGACAUCCUAUUGGGAACUGCACACCAGCUCCUAGGAUCAGACUUGCAUCCACUUAAUACCCCUCUUUGCCUGAACUACUAAAACUAACCACGAAUGGCUACCCAAAGGAAACACCUGGUGAAAGAUUUCAAUCCCUACAUCACCUGCUAUAUCUGUAAAGGGUAUCUGAUCAAGCCAACUACGGUGACUGAAUGCCUCCACACCUUCUGUAAGACUUGUAUUGUCCAGCAUUUUGAAGAUAGCAAUGAUUGUCCUAGAUGUGGCAACCAAGUUCAUGAGACAAAUCCAUUAGAAAUGUUAAGGUUGGAUAAUACAUUAGAGGAAAUUAUAUUUAAGCUGGUCCCUGGACUACGAGAACAAGAACUUGAGCGUGAAUCUGAAUUUUGGAAGAAAAAUAAGCCUCAAGAAAAUGGACAAGAUGAUGCUUCAAAAGUUGACAAACCUAAAGUAGAUGAAGAAGGUGAUGAAAAUCAAGAUGAUAAAGACUAUCACAGAAGUGACCCACAAAUUGCUAUAUGUCUAGAUUGUUUACGUAAUAAUGGACAGUCAGGGGACAAUGUGGUAAAGGGUUUAAUGAAGAAAUUCAUCCGAUGUUCUACACGUGUGACUGUGGGAACUAUUAAAAAAUUUCUAAGUUUAAAACUAAAACUUCCAAGUUCUUAUGAAUUGGAUGUGCUGUGCAAUGGUGAAAUUAUGGGAAAGGAUCAUACUAUGGAAUUCAUCUACAUGACAAGAUGGCGACUAAGAGGCGAAAACUUUCGGUGUCUGAACUGCUCAGCUUCGCAAGUCUGCUGUCAGGAUGGCCCUUUGUAUCAGUCAUACCCCAUGGUAUUGCAGUAUCGACCAAGAAUUGAUUUCGGUUAGACCAAGGGGCCUAGAUCCCACUGAGAUGAAUCCUGCACUAUUUGUUUACUCAUCGACAGAUUGCACAAUGAACGGUGUGUUGACUAGAGGGACACAACCAGAUUUUCAGCAUGCAAAUAAGGCCAUUGUCUGUCUCUAAAUUGUCAGUUGCAUCUAUGUUGUUUCUAUUAAGAACAGACCAAGUGCCAUUCUGCUACUGACCUGUCUGCAUUUGUGCUGUCUCACAGUGUGCAAGUCAUAGUUGAAAUCAAUUAGGUGUGCAGCCAUGAUUCAGCCUUCUGAAUAUUUUGCUUGCCUGUUCCAAGAUUGUUCUAAUGUUUGAUUACACUAGUAAAAUCGCUCAGUCUUCGUGGUGUUGCAGUUUUCACAUACUUAAUAUUUUAUCAAUUCUUGUUUAAAUAGAGUGUACUGUACAAGAAAUUAAUAAUUAUAUCUUGAAAUUAUUUUAUAUAGGAAAUAUAUUUAGAAAAGUGGUUUUUGAGCCACGCUCUUGUUCUUGGUAAGCUUUUUGUGUACAAAAUAGUUCACUCUUAAGUGUGCAAGUCCUUUUGCUAAGAAUUCCAAUUAUUCUUUAACAUUAGAGUACAUCAAUACUUGUAGACAUUUUAAGUCAUCUGUCUGUAUAGUCUACCAAUUGCACAAGGAAGGCCUGUUAGCCCUCCAGAUUGAAAAUGUAUGUGACUUUUUAGGGAAUUGAAGUGAGAUUCACAACCAUUCAAAAGGGUUGGCAGCUGAUCAUAUUUACUGCUAAUAAAAUUAAUGUGUAAGAAAGAUUAAUCUUUCAUAAUGCCUUAUGACAAGCGGGUGCUGCUUCAUGAAAAUUCAUUGUAUAGCCCAUUUUAUGUAUGCAUCAUUAUGUUGUUCUCGUUUAAUGAGUAUGUUGUUUUCCUUUUUAAGUUGGCCUUAGGUGUGUGUCAUUUGUGGCAUGAAGAAGGUAAAGAUGAUUUUAAAUAUUAGGAUUUUUGGAGCAGAUAACAUAAGCUACUUUAUGGAUUUCAGAAGUCUCAAAGCAGUGGGUAGAUUAAAGCUGUUAGUUAACUAUCACAUUUCCAAACCAAAUGCAUAAAACCGAAUGAGUGCAGUGUAGUAGAUGAAUAUACUAACCAAAAUUAAUGGUUUGAGGACAUUUCAUUUUAGAUCCUUUAGUAAUUAGGGCGAAAUGGGAUUAUUGUUUAUACAUGAGUUCAUUGAGAACAGAGCUGUGAUAAUGUCCUUGAUUUUGUCAUUUUGUUAAGUCUUCCAUUCCUUUUGAGAUUAGUUUGCAAGUCAAAGAAAGUCUUGUUACCUUAAAUUAUAUAAAGAACUUUGUUCUAAACCUUUUUAAAUUUGCAGUGUUUUCAAAAAAGCUCUUUGGAAAUUGUUUUAUUAGUUGCUUUGAAGUAAACAAGUUAACCUCUGAAACUUAGGAAAAAAUCUUGGAAGUUAGAAAGAAUGUAUGUUUUAGAAAUAGGACGAGCACAAUCUGUGGGUUACACACAUAGUUUUGUUUUUGUUUCUUUUUUAACUGUAUACACGGUAGGUUUGUUACAUUUUCCAGUAAAAUGUAUUACAGUAUAAUGCCUUCUGAAUCUCAAAACGUUUCUUAGAAAUAAAACAUUGAACAACUCUAAGGAACAUAGAAAAUACAGCUAAAAUCUUAAUGCAUUUCACAGUGUAAAAGGCUGAAACUUCAUAAUUACCUUUUCAUAAUAUCUUUUGUUCAAUUCAAAAUGCCUAUUUUAAAGUUUUCUGUUGUUGUUAUUCUGAAUUUUGUGAAAAAGGUUAUGGCAAAUACUUUCUUAACUUCAUUUUAGUCAGAUUGUAUUUGUUCUUGGAAGGGCUCACAAGCAAAAUAUAAAAGGCAAAUUUUCUUUAACUAACUGUAGAACAAACCUUCCUUCUCAACCAAAACUGAAUUUACUGUCUAGCUACAGAAAUUAUUUUGCUAUGCUGUGAAACCCAGUUCCCUGAUAUCCCUAAAAAAUUAGAAAAUUUAUUAUAAAUUUGACACAUCUAGGUCAGUGAUUAAAACGGUGUUUUACAUAUGAAAGUUAAUUUUAAUUAAUUUAACUCAGAAUGAAUGAGUGCAUUUUAAAAACCACAAAUAAGCUUUAGAUAUUUUUGAAUUCCCAGCCAAAAACUUGUGGCCUUAAAUGAGUUUUAUAUAUGUGAUUUCUUUAAAAUUGGCCUGUUGCCUGAUCAUAUUUAGUUUCAGUGUUUACCAAGGAAAUAUAUAGGAAACAAUUAAAGAAUUGGAAAUAGUUUUAUACAAAAUUCCUUUAUUUAUUGCCAAUGUAUUAAUAUUUUUAUUUAAAUGCAAUGGAAUAUGUGCCAAAACAUAUCGAAACCAUACAUAAAGAAGAGCAUUAGUUUACAUUCGGGGAAUGGUACACAUUAUAUAAUGGUCCUGAGUAAUUCAGUAUUACUAUUAGAACUACAGAACUGCUUCACCUGACCUCUUUUGGUAUAUUCACCUAUAACUUUCCAAGUAUGGACUACUUUUAUGUCUAUUUAUACAUGAAAUCCCCAGUAGUUAAUUAUCCGCCAAGCCAGAUUUUGGAAUUUGUAAGAAACCAGGUAUGGAAAAGGUGUGUAUCGGCAACUUUUGUGGUUAGCUUUAUAAAUUUAGGGUGCUAAAAGACAAGCUAUAUAAAUAAUCUGUAGGAAUAAUCAUCUGAGUCUUUAAAAUCAGAGAAUAAAUAAAACUAAAUUUCUUUAACCUGUUGUUUCUUAAGCAAUAAACUGAAAGAACUUGACUCUGUAAAAAGUUUUGUAAUCUGUUUUUAUCUGCCUUAGAAAUCAUAGAGGUGAAAGAGUCAAGGAACCUGGGAUAUAAAGAAUGCAUAUGGUUUAUAGACAUCACUUUAAUUGAAAUAAUCCCAUAAGUUAAUAGGAAAAUUGGAAUAUAGCCUUUUCUGUAGAUUUAACAAAAAGCUUUUAGGAAGUACGAAAAACUGAAGAGCUCAAUGAUGAGGUAAUAUUUUCAGUCAUUCAGUCUGGGGAGGGGCAGUACCUUGGGUAAUGUCUUCUAACUACUUUUUAAAAAGUGUUUUAUUUCAUUGUUCAUUGAAAAUUUAUCCCAUAAUAAUAUUCCACAUUUUAUAAAUGUAAUGAGUAUGCUCAAGUAUGUAUAUUAAAGUGUAAUCUAAAUUUAAACUGAUUCUUUGAGAAAAAGCUAGGUGUGUUAUAUAAAUUGUGAACUGUUUAGCUUUAUUGAAAAUAUUUAAGAGAAAGUGCCUCAUUGCUAAAGUACAUUUUUGUUUUAGAUUUCCUGUAGAAAUUGUUGAGUUUUCUGUACCUCUUAUGUAUGGUUUCGUAUCUAAAUAGGCACUCAUAAGUUACAGUAAUCUCUUUCUGAAAGACUUACAUAAAAAAAAAUAAGUAACACCAAAGACAUUUUACUGUUCAUUAAUGACCAUGUUGGAAAACAAUUUUAACAGUUUGGAGAUUGGAAAUUUUUAGAUUUCAACUUAAUUUUAUAUAGUUAGGCAAUAACUUUGAUUGAUUGCUAAAAUGUUCACCAAAAAAAAAAAGGCUUUAACUGAAUUUUCUUAGUGAGAUCAGUCAAAUGCAGUUUUCUUGCAAUAAUCAGAGCACACUUCCUUUCAUGUAUGUUCAGUGUAUAUCAGCACCAUGUGGCAGAUAUGAGGAAACCCUAAGAUGAGAAAGAGAGACUCAUAACAAAUAACCUCCUUCUAGAUGAUAAGCAGGAGAAAUUUUUACUUGGAAAAGAAAAUUGAAAUUGGAAUUUUCAGUUGUAACUUGAGAAGGCUUUUAUUGCAUGGAGGCAGUAUAAAGUAAAAUGAUGUUUAUUUAGUUCCUGGGGUCUUAGUGAUCUGAAAAUUUUUAUUAAGGAAACACUGGUAAAAGUGUUCGACGUGCUUACUUUUAUAGAAAAUGUAGCACAUUCUAUUGGAAUUACACAAGUAGGGGCCUUUUCUGUAUUCAAAAGCAAAAUUUUCAGAAGGGUCACGUUUUGUUUUGUUUUUCCUUAAAAAGCAACUCUGUCUUGUUUCUCAGAAAUUGCUUUAUUGUUGUUAAAAUUUAGUCAUAAAGCCAAAUUUGGCACAAUGGGUUGCAGAACAAGAGCAGCAUGUAUAUUAAGGGGGAGUUUUGUACUCUCCUUAGACCAUUCCCCUUGCAAGUCCAUGCUGUGGGCUUGGACUCAUUUAAGGUAGAACUCAUUUAUGAAAUCUUUCUGAUAGCUCCCAAGGUAAACCUUCUUGGAUAGGAUAAAAAUAAGGAUGCACACCUUAUUCCAUACUCUAGGUAAAAAAAAAAAAAAAAAAAAAAAGAAUGUUCACGUUGAC